UUUACAUCCCUGUUACUCGUUACUUUUUAUUCUAUGUUAAUUUUAAGGCCAACCAACUGCCUGUUUUUUGUCCAGUUAUUAUUUUUUGUUUUUACACAAAUUCACUUCAAAAUUUUGUAUAAAAUACCCAGUUUUACCAGUGAAUUUUAUUAUAAUUGUUUUUUUACUUUAAAGUUUUUUGUCCUUAUUGCCAUUCGGGUCUUUAUUAUUCAAAACAUUUUUGAUUUUUUUUAUAAAAUUACCGAAUUUUUAAAAUUGUUUUUUUGGAUUUUAUAA